AUGUUAAGUGCGUUACAACAACAAAAUUUUAUUAAAAUGGAACCUACCCAGACUACAAUUAAAGAUUUAGGUCCGUCAAAUAAUAUGGGUCCUUCACCUACGUUCCAAUAUGGUACUCAAAGAACGUUCUCUAAUGGUCCAAUAUUUAAUAAUAAUAAUAAUAAUAAUAAUAAUAAUGGGAAUAGUAGUAAUAUUGAAUUUCAAUCAAGUUCUUCAACUUCAUCAUCUUUGGUAGCAACCAAUGGUAGCCAGUUUAGUUCUCCUCAAUUUAACGUUUCUAGAAAAACGAGUAAUAACAUUCAAAAUAAUUUAUUAUCAACUGGUAAAAAUGGUAGUACUAGUAGUAGUAUAUCUUAUAAUAAUAUUUCAAGACCAAAUGUCACAAAUUACAUUUCACAACCAAAAAUUACAGAACAAUCUUUUUCGGUUCUAUCGUUACCUCAACCAUAUAGAUUAUCUUCACAUACAGAAGAUAACACUACUAAUUCAAACAAUUAUUAUCAUUAUUCUACUAGCCCACCUUCCACAACGCAUACGAAUAAUGGUAACAGUGAUAUAAGUAUAUACCCCAUGGGACCCACGUUCCAUGAAACUACAAAUAUUGCUCAAGAUAGAAAUUUUUCCAACAGAUACUUACCUCCACAACAACAAAGCAUCCCUCAAGAAAAUAAAACUGCUUUCAUAGCACAAUAUGGUGCAAGCCAACCAUUUAUUACUAGAAGUUCAUUUCCACCAUUGUGGAUGAGGGCUCAAACCAAUGAUAUACCAUCGACUUCCACAUAUAAUGAUUUUAGAAAAGAUGAAAUGAAUGAGCUAAACAUAAAGCCUAAAUCGCACUCUAUUCCUAGUCCACAAGGUUACAAUAGUAGUACAACAUUACAUUCUCAAUAUGUUAUUGAACAUAAUACUGGAAUACUAAUGAGAAGAAAUACUCAAGAACAAAUUGCUAAAGCAAUUGCAGAAAAAAAUAUUCAGGUUCCAAUUGAAGAAUAUGCCAGUAAUGUAAGAAAGGCUGAAUUAGCUGUUCUUGAGAUGAAUGAUAAUACUCAUAGUAAAUCUGCAAUUCAAAGAGCAGAACAAAACAGAGAAAGAGAAAAACAUGUCUAUGCACUAUUAUGGCUAAUGAAGAACUGUAAAGCUGAAACAAACUCAUAUGUUCCUCGCAGUAGAAUAUUUUCACAAUAUGCUGCCUCCUGUGCAAAAUCAACUUUAAAACCAUUAUCGCAAGCUACAUUAGGUAAAUUGAUUAGAACUAUUUUGCCAGAUAUCACUACAAGAAGAUUAGGGAUGAGAGGUCAAUCUAAAUAUCAUUAUUGUAAUUUAGUAUUAUUAACUGAGAACGAAGCGUCCUCUCGUUCAAGUUUAAAUGCUGAAGGUAUUUUAAGUGACAAUUCAAGUAUAGACACUGCUGAUUCAAAUGUUGUUACUGAUUCAGGAAAUGAUUCCUGCAACGACUCUGGCGUAGCAGAAUUAUUUAAUGAAAUUUUCAAAUGUAAUGAGUUGUCCUUUGAUUGCUCUCUACAAUUACCACCAAUCCCGUUAGACGAAAUAUCUUCAAAGAUUGAUUCUGAUAUUGCUUCCUCUCUGGAGUCCCUUUAUCAUGUUCAUUGUCUAUCAAUUUAUGAAAAUGUUCUUUUCAUGAAAUUCGGUGAAUUGCCAACUUGUUUAAACUUAUCAAGUAAUGGAUCUUUAUCGCCCCAAAUGUUUAACCUAUUGAUAUCUUCCAAGUUAUACAAUUGGGUCUAUGAAUGUGACUUGAAGACUCAUGCGGUUAUUAUCCAAGAACUUGCCAAGAAAAUAAUUAAUGAAGAUACAAUCAAUGAGAAUACGCUAGACAAAUUGAAAAAAUUUAUUCAAUCAUACAGGGAUAUUGUCACUAGUGCUUCAUUAGAUUUACCAAUUCCAAUGGCCGAAAAUAAAGUUACAGUGGCAAACAAAUUUUGUUUAAUAUUGAAAGAGUUAAUCAAGUUAUUGAAUUAUUCAAAUGCCUUCAUGGAAAAUUUCCCAAGCUAUAAGAAUGGGAUGGUUCACGAUUGGCAAAUGCUGGUAAAACAUGAAAACUUCACUGAUUUAGCUCUAAAUAUAAAUUGUUAUGAUGGGAAAAAGUCCGACGUGGAUUUGAAAGCUGCAGCAUGUACCCUUAAGUCGAAAAUAUGUUAUGAUAUUUCUACAUUUCUAGAGUCUACUGAGACGAACAAAUUACAAUUGAGGAAAUUAAUUGAACAAUUUUGUAAGUUUAUUACUUCUAAAGGUGGUUCAACUUCCCAUUCUAUUGCUAAUUACUAUUUACAAUUUUUUGGUGGAUUAGUUGGCGAAUUAAGUCUUAAGGCAUCUGAAAAUUUACGCUGUUGGUUAUAUUUUAAUAAUAUAAUAUAUCAAUUGAUUACAUACAGUGCAGAUUUCAGAAAUUUAAUUGAUAUGGUCAAAUGA